CCAAUAUCGUGGAAACAAGCCGGAUUUGUUUUUAGUCCGCGAAUGGCUUUCCUGCUGUUACCAAGGGUGAAUAAUGAACUUAUACGACCACAUUAAGGGUGAAACUUUCGUUACCACUUGUAGCAAGUAGUGACGCUUAAGCAAGCAAUAGGAAAACACGCGCGCGUCUUCGUCAUUUAUAUUCGCGUUUCAAGUGUCUCGUUCAAUAAAAUUGUUCUUGGACUUGAAGAAAAUGCCGAAAAAUUCGGGUCUUAAGCUUUUCACUAAAACAUGGCCUUUAAAAAGGGAGAAGAAACAUAGGGAUGAAGAGCGUAAGAGGCCGUUGACCGCGACUUUGGAAAAGCCGACAAUUUUGGAUAUCCGAUAUAUAAGCAAAAUUGACAUGAGCAUUGUUCGAAAGGAGUUCCUGAAUAUCACAAAUUUAUGCAGAUUACCUUUAGCAAUGAAGCAAAAAAUAAAUGCGGGCAGACCAUUAAGUCUUCUAAGCGCGGGAACCUGCAAGAAAUUCAAAAAGGAAAAGAAAAAAGCUGAUCCGAGUGAUGAUAGUUACGAAGAUGAUGAGAGCAGUGUGAUUCAAAGCGCAAAACCGAGCACUCGACUAAAUGCAGCAAUGAGAUCAACCAGGGCUGGAACCAACAAUCAUUCUGUGAUUUGCCGUCUCAAGCAAAACAACAUUUUAGCAUUAAAGAAUAGCGUUAAUGAUGCCAAUAAUAAUAAAACCUUAAAGGUACCAUCACGAAAGCCGAAUCUGACAACAAUACGAAUUCCGAAUACUCGAUUAUCGUCCCCUGACCAAGAAAAAUCGACCAAACUGCCGUCUCCAUGCAAAACUUGCGGUAGACCGGACCAGCCAGAAAGGUUUCAUAGUCAUCCUGCUACACCUAUGAAAUCGAGUCCCAGAAAUGGAAGAGGUACUGAACAUUCGAAACCGGUAAAAAUUCCUGUGAAAAGCAUCGUACAAAAGCCCAUAGCCAUCAAAUACAAAUCAAAAACUGGCAAUGUCAUCGCUGAUAACCGAAAAGCUACAUCACCAGUGAAAACAUCAGCACAUUUAUCCCACGUGCCUCCAAACCCUGCAGCUCAAGUCUCCAAGUUACCUUCUCCAGCCAAUAGAGCUGCGGUGGUUUCAAAAUUAAUAGCACUGUCCCCCAACUCUGACAAAACUGCUGAAAUGCAAAGGAAGAGCGUUACUCCUUCGAGAGGAGGGUCGGGAAAGAGGACCUUGACGUGCUACAUAUGCGGAAGAGAGUUUGGGACUGCUUCUCUAGCAUUGCAUGAGCCUAAAUGCCUACAGAAAUGGGAAAGGGAAAAUGCAAAUCUGCCAGCACAUUUGCGUCGAAAGCCUCCGGUUAAACCUCAAGGCGAUGUUUCUCAGAAGGAAUGGAAUCAGUUAGCUUGGGAAUCUUCACAGGCAACAUUGAUACCAUGUAAGAACUGCGAUAGAACAUUUUACCCUGAUAGACUCGAAGUUCACCUACGAAGCUGCAGAGUCCAACUCAACAACAGUAAAUCAUAUUCAAGUGACACUCUGCAUACAUCUUCAUCGCCAAAGUCCCAAAGCUCAAAGUCGCAGUCAGCUACAACCUCGAGUAAAAGUAAUCAGCAACCGCAGAGUAUUCAGUGCUACAUUUGUGGCAAAAUGUUUGGCACACAUUCAAUAAAAAUCCAUGAGAAGCAGUGCCUAAAGAAAUGGCAUAUCGAAAAUGAGAGUUUACCUCACGACAUGAGAAGUCCUGCACCGUUAAGAACAGCUAAAAACCAACAUCGGCCACCUAACCGAGAACCAUUACGGUCUCCCGUUGAAGAAACGCCUCAAAGUUCAUCAUCUCCGGCCCCCAAAAGCAGCAAAGAUGACCGACCAACUUCAGGAGUAAGAUCACCAUUGUUUCCAUGUUAUCUGUGUGGAAAGCUAUUCACCGUGAAUUCGAUCUAUAUCCACGAGCCGCAAUGUCUGAAAAUGUGGAAAGUCGAAAAUGAUAAAUUGCCCCUCAACAAGCGGCGACCUGUACCUUUGAAGCCUGAUAUUAAAUUUACCGAAUCCGGAGGAGUGGAUUUUAGAGGAACUUUCGACCGAAUAUGGGAAAACCACCUCACAGAACUUGUAAAGUGCAUGAAGUGUGGAAGAACAUUUUUUCCUGCUCGUAUAGAAACUCAUAAGGAGAAAUGCAUUGGUUUAAAGGUUGAAAUCAAGAGCAAAUCAAUUGAAAACAAAAAUCUCCAUUAAGUGAUUAUUAGUUAAAUCAUAUUAAUUUUUAUUGAAAAUAAAUUAUGUAACCAGACUAA